GCAAUGUGCCUGGCUGAGGAUUGAUGAAGGAAGCGGGCCAGUGAGCCCCAAAGGAGCUGGAGUCCUAGAAGCUCCGUCUUUGUCCCGGGAGAGGAGCCUUAACCCGCGCCCGACUCACCUGCUUUACCAUCAUGGACGAAAAGUGCUCCCAGCUGCUGCCUUCCGUAUGUACCAUUCUUGCAGACCCCGGGUGCCCCGUUUCGGAUGACACUUGCUUGGAGAAGUUACUGGACUGGUUUAAGACCCUGACCAGCACAGGAUCCAGCCUCCUGCUCUUAGAGGAGAACCCAUGCUUGACUGAGAUGAUCCUUGCGGUGCUCAGGCAAGUGGAGCCAAACCCUAACAUCCUUUCCUUCAUCCUGCGGCUCACUGGGAUACUUGCUGCCUCUGAAACCGGUUUCCAACACCUGCAGCAGGGGGAAGUGGUGUUUGGUGCCUUUGGAGAAGCAGGGGCCCUUGGCAGUACAUUGUGGGAGGACAUGACCAUCCGCAGCGGCUGGGUCCUGGGCGCCUACACGAUGCUGCAGCACUAUAGUGCCUUUCAGUUCCUCUGCAACUCUGGAGCCUUAGAUGUGAUUUUCGCUCUUCAGGGAGACCGCAGCCUGUUUGUUGCUUCCGGAGCCAGUCGGCUUCUUGCCCGCCUGCUCAUCUUCUCUGUACAGUCUGAACCGUCUCGCCUUCUCUGUACAAAGGACUGCGACUGGCCAGCUUGUGCUCGAAUGAUUGUGACUCGUGUUGAGGACUCCCUUAAAUCCCAUCCUGUUUCCCAUGUCACACGUUCCUUGAAGCUACUGACAACAUUAUUUGAACACAACCAGGACCCAUGGACGGAGGUCCUUUGGUCACGGAUAGCGGAAACUGUAGGGUCCCUUUUGACAGAGGAGCCUGUCCAAGCAGGGCACUCGCUGGUUGAGCUGUUCCUUAGCAUGGCAAGAUCUCCUGCCUUUAGCAGUCCUGAGUGCAGCCUUUGGAAGCUGGUCACGCUUGCCCUGAAGAACUUAAUCCUCACUCAGUCUGGCCCUCUGGCUUUGGGACUCUUAAAACUGGAGGCAUGCCCUGAGGCCAUUAAGAGGCAAGCUCUGAAUACUCUUCUCCAGCCAAUGGACUGCAUCUCGAGAGCUGCUUCUGACUCCUUAGAGUUUCCAAGUAAGAUGGAGUCGGAAAAUGAAGGCCAAGGUUUGCUAGAUCAGUCUUCUACCUGUGCUGCCUCUGUGGAAUCUCUCCUCUCCUCCAGAGCAUCAUGUGUUAGCCUCCUGUGCCAGACCUUAGCUCAUCUUGAGGAGAUCCAGUACUUGGCUUGCUCCCCAGUGGAAGUUCCCCAUAAGCCUUUGCUACACUCUUUGGUGACUGUACUCCAGUUCUGCGUCGGUCUUGCUGUCCCAGUCUCCUCCCUGGGAGCGACGCUUGGUAAAACCCUGGUUGGCUGCUUCCGAGUUCAGCGGGCGGCCCUUGGACUCCUUGCGGCGCUCUCUCAGUGCGCAACUUCAGCUUAUGAGGAAGCUGUAGAACGGGUCUUUGACAUUCUUCUUGUAUAUUUGAAGAGUCCGGACACCAGCAAUACUGUCCUGAAGAAGGUGUUUCAGGCAACGCUGAAAUGGUUUCUGAACGUCUUGGAAGCACCAGGCUCAACUGCUGACUUUCAGCGGCAUCAGCAGUUUUUCAGAGAGAUGUUACCUGUGUUACAAAAACGGAUGUGCAGCCCCAGCUGGGAAGUGCGUGACUCUGCCCUGGAGUACUUCACAUUGGUGAUGAAGCCCUUGAGAGGGCAAGAGGGGCUCUGGCAAGAGCUGCUCUCCUCUGAAGUCCUGACGCUUACCGAGGGCCUCCUGGAUGACCCAGAGAGCUAUGUUCGAGCCAGUGCAGUGAAAGCUUUGGGGCGGUUUUCUCUAGUGGCUGGAGUUGACUCCAAGAGACCAAGCUCAGAUGGCAAUGGGAAUCACAAAGAGGCCAGCAGUGUCGGCACUCGCUUGCUGGAAAUCUUGACCAAAGACACCGAAGGCUUCCCUCGCCGAGCUGUGGUUGGCGUCUUUGUCGAGUGGCUGCAGGAAGGCCAUCCGGAUGUCUUGGCUGCCCCCGAGCUGUUUGUUUCCAAAGCAAUCCAAGCUGUGAGCGGAGACUUGGACUGGGAAGUCAAAGUGGCUGGUUUGGAGCUGGCAAAGGUUUUUGCUGCCCAAACAUUUGCACGGUUUGGGCUUGUCGAGUGUCCAUAUACUGCUUAUUGCCUGCCAUCCAAGAACAUGCCUCCCUGCCUCCCUGAACUGUUGCAGACAUUUUGUCGAGUGAAGCUGUUUGAGUUCCUCUUUGGAGCCCUUCAGGACUGUGACAGGCCAGUCUGCCUGAAAGCCUGCCAGGUCCUUCUAGCCGUGAAAUCAAAGAUUUGCAAAGACAGCUGCCUGGAGCUGGGGAAGAGGUCAGAACUAGGUGAUGGGGCUCAGCAAGAGGAAAUGCCAGGAGGCACAUCUCCUUCUGCACUGAUCCAUACCAUUGGGGAUUCUGCUGAGAAAUUUCUCCAGCAUCCUGAGUGUCUGCCCACGGUUUUAAGGUCGAUGGACCUGGAGGGCUUGCAGAGGUCUCUGGAUCUAAGUAGCGAUCACCUGGAGCGGAGCCCUCAUUCCCUCUUGCAGGAUAUCCUCUCGGCUUCAGGGAACGUAGACGAGAAUGAAGCUGACUGCUACUGAAGUAGCUGUGGCUUGGAGAUCUCCAGCUUGGAAGGCUGGCAGCUUUUCAGAACCUUGUUGUAUCCUUGGAAGGCUAUGUUCAAACAGCCCUCCUCUGUCCCUAAGAACACAAAGGGCCGUUUUGUAAAAUCCCUUCCUGUGCAGAUGAGCACUCCCGGCUAGGAAUUACCCACAUGUAGGAAGCCCUUUGUAAGUAUCUUCCAAAGGGAGUUAAAUAACAUGUAAGAAGAUCCAGAAACAGACAGGACACCCUCCCUGAGAAGCUGGCAAGUUCACGGUAAAUGCUUCAUUGUUAAGAACCGGUCUAGAAACCCUUUGUAUCCAGUCAAACCAUAUGUACGUUCAGUAAUACUGAAACUGCAUUGCUCUUAAAAAUGACAGUAUGUAGGCAAUACUUUAAAUUCUUGGAGUCCAUAAGGCUAUGGGCUUACGGAUAGGGUGGGCAUCUUGUGGCCUCCUAGGUUUUGUUGAUGCCGCAACUCCUGUUUUCAUUGGCUGGGGCUGCUGGGAACUGCAGUACAACAACAGUUUUGAGGGUGAAAUGUUGCCCAUUCCUGAUGACAGCAUAGGAAGACCACCUUGUGGGGAUUGCACCUCCCAGAAUCCCCAGCCAGUGGCUAGGGCGGCUUGGAAAUUCUAGUUACUGGAGUCCAAAUGUAACUUUGUCAAGCUCUGUCCCUGACUUAGUGUUAACUGUGUACUGCAGUGCUUUUAAGAGCAGUCUUUUUAAAGAGUCUCCAUUUCAAGGCAGAUCUAGAUCCAAUUGGACUUGAUUCUGUGCCUGUCUGACAAAUACACAACAAGUAUUGUCUCACUCAUUGUGGGUCCAGACUUUGUGCGUUUAGAAGAAAUGCUCCAUGACAGCUUUCUGAACAAAAGCCAUCAGGUACCACUGGCAGCAAUAAUUUUCAUGUGGGUUUCAUAAUAAACCGCAGGUGGAACAGUUUUUGUAGUUGAGCUUUGUGUCAUACAGUUCUGCCCUUGAUCUUGAAAACAAAUCUUUGUGUUAAAUACUUCCAUUCAGGUGGGUCCCAUGGAGCUUAGGCUCCGUACUUUGUGGCUGCCACCCCUGCAGGGUAAGCUAACUCUUUCAGAAAGAGGGUUUGUCAUAUUGGGACGUUUUCCUCAUUAUCAAUAAAAGUUAUUUUUAUGGAU